UUUGCAUUAAGCUGUGAAAAGGAGCAUAUGUAUAAACACUUGUUUCAUAGACGUGCUUAGUUUGGGAUUACCUUGAAAGAUGGCGCCAAAGUAACAUUACAGUGCUGAAGACAAAUAUCAAAUAGACAUGGCGGCUUUUGAAUAUUACACCGAAUCAUUCAAACGGAACGAAAAUCGCAACUGGCUGAAGGCAUCGAUGGGAUUGAUCAUAACCAAACGUGGACUUGCACCUUUUGUAGAAAGAACUUUGGAAACGUUCAAAAACUGUCAGGUAUCGCCAGGACAAAACUGUUAUUCAUGUUUAACGGCAGAAAUUGUGCCCUGUGACCCUCGCAAUAAGGUUUGCAAUAAACGAAACUGCAAGUUCCAUCAAGGUGUUAUAUAUCGGCGGUGCCCGAACAAAGUGUGCAAUCGAUUUCAAAAAGUAAUUAUUAUUGAACAUAGAUUUGCUGAUCGGUACAACACCGUGGGUCCUUCUUGGCGAAACACAAACGCACGGGAUUGGUGUUCAAACGCGUGGGAGGUGGCGAAAGCAUUUAUGCCCCCAGACGGCUAUGACAAGAUCACCACAUCAGAAGAUACCGAUUUGAACGGCGUUGUCAGUGUUCUUAUCAACUGUCUCCUUUUUGAGCAAUACAUCUCUGACCUAGCGAACGAUGAAAACGUUGCAACCAAGGUUCGUGACAUUGGACGAAACGUACGCCAUGCAUCCAAACUUGAAGUCACGGACGAUGAUCUUAAACAAUGGUUUGAUGACAUGCGAGCUUUGUUUCAAAUACCACAACAUCUUGCUGCGAACUCCAAUGCUCAAAUUGCAGUAGACCAACUGAACAAGUUGGAGACCGACCAAUUGCAUAUUGAGAGGACGGACGUCCUAAGUGCUAUUAAAGAUGUAGUCACCUCAUUGGAACGUCUAAAAUGUUCCACAGAUGCUGACCAGAUUAGCAAGCUUCGGGAUAUUCAACAGGAAAUUGCAGCAAAGGUUGAAGUACACAAACGUGACAUUGGGGAUUUUGUGGAUGAGAAAAAGGCUGAGUUGACACAGCAUGUAUUGAAUGCCUCAUUACAAUUAAAAAAAACCUUCAGAUCGAGAAUACGCAGACUUAGAAAUUUCUUCCUCUGUAGUUUUUGUUUGAUAGUUUUAUACAUUUUAGUUCAUAAAAAAUUAUAAAAUAUACUUUUGCUGCUAUUUGCAUAUGUUUGUAAGCAAAACUCAGUCCGCUAAUGUAUCUGCGGAAACAUCCGUUAUCUAGAAUAGACCGUGAUCGAGAAUAUCUCAUGGUUUUUGUAAUCAAUAUGAAAACCUACUCGAAACUCAAGUUAAAAUAUAAAAUAUGUAUGAUUGUUUGCUUCAGUUAGAAAUAACAGCGUUACCUCGUAAUUCCUCUUCACUCUUCUAAGCAAUGCUAAUACGACCCCUAGUUUAUCCGGGAAACAUUGAACGUAUUGCCGAAAUAGAUAACGAAUUAAUCAUGAAUACUUAUCAAUCCGCUGUUCAAAGCGAGUCUUUUAAUUAUUUAAACCAAAAUAAACCGAGCAAAGAAA